CUAUAUCCUUCUUCAUCAAAAGUUGGCGUUGUUCUCUUGGGGGUGUAAAGGGAUUUUGUUUCAAGAAAGUAAUUAUUAAUUUUUACUUGCAUUUCUCAAAAUACUCAUUGAAAGUGUGUUGAAACCAAACAUUUAACUCAGGGGGCGUUUCGAAAAAGAUCCGACCAUGGCGUCGGAACAAUUUUCUUUGUGUUGGGAUAAUUUCCACAAAAAUAUGAGUUCGGGUAUGAAUUCGUUGUUGGAGAAUGAAGACUUGGUUGAUGUUACGCUUGCUGUGCAAGGCAAAUGUUUAAAAGCUCAUAAAAUGGUGCUUUCCGUGUGUAGUCCAUAUUUUAAAGAACUUUUCAAAUCAAAUCCGUGUCAACACCCGAUUGUUUUCAUGAAAGACGUUAGUUUUGAAGCUUUAAGUGAUCUACUACAGUUCAUGUAUCAGGGUGAAGUACAAGUUAGUCAAGAAAAUUUAACCACUUUUAUCAAGACUGCCGAGGCCUUACAAAUCAAAGGACUCACGGGAGACGGCAAUGGUUCUGCUGACGUUGAAGCCAAUGACCCACAAGAGAAACCAACACGCCCCAUCGAAGAAUACAAACCAGUUCCUCGCCCAAAGAAGCAACAGCCGGCGCCCUUACCCACACCCUCAGUUAAACGUCCUCGGCUGAGUGUCUCCUCAGAUUCACAACCGUUACCUCCAACAAUCACAAAAACUGAACCUGUUGCCUCCGUUCAACAGGUCGGAUUGACUCCCGAACCUGCUAUCCAAUUCAAGAUGGAACCCUAUGACCAAAAUCAGUCUUUGUUGGAUGAGACAGGGGAUGAUAACUUUGGUGACGACGCUUUGGAUGAUACUGCAGGAGACGACAACGAGGAUUAUUCUAUGAUGGAGAGCGGAGUUGGGGACGAAGAACCCCAAGCAGGAACCAGUACUGACGGCGCAGGCGAAGGACAAGGGGUCAUUUAUUUUGACGUUGGAACGAAAUAUCCAAAAAUAAUAUUGGAUAAUUAUGAGUACCGUACAUAUCGAAAAGAAUCUAUGAGAACAUUUUGGAAAUGUCGCAAUUACUUUGGGUCAAAGAGCUCAAUUGCAGAGAGAUGCAAGUCAUCACUCAUUACGACCGGGAGGGUGGUUACUGUAAGUGCUGAUCCCCACAAUCAUCCGAUUUUGCGAGCACCAAAAAUGGACAGGUCAUUGUCGCAGAAUGUUACGAUAAUAAGGGAAAUUCCACAAAAAUCCACUCCGAUUCAUCAGUGAUUUGCAACUUUUUUAUGCUGUCUCCAUUCUUACCUUCAUUCGAAAAAUAUUUUAUGUUAGAAGUAAUUCUUUUUUUACCUGUUUUUAUGUAUGCAAAAACUUAUUAGUUAACUGUUGAUAGUUCUUAUUACAAAUUUUAUUCAAGUAGUAAUCACCACAGAAAUUGACUAUCAUUUCAACUGGUAUAUUUUCAAAAGAGAAUGAUUUUUGGAAAAGAAAGAUUUUGGUUUUCUACUUUUUCGUCUUUCCACAAGAGUAGAUGUUUGAUGUUAGAGAAGUACAAAGCCAAAAACUUUACAUUAUAGAAAAUAGAAAACGCACUGUGUUGAUCUGUGGGAAUAAUAUACACUGCCGGGCAUAAAACUAGAGCCACUCUGUAAUUUGAAGUUAUUAAAAUUUUUUUUUUGAUUUUUUCGGAUCUCUUCCUCAUGUCACAUAUUUUACCGAGUCCUGAAAAAAAAUAGUUUAUGGUUGCCCAAAUUCAUUUGUUAAUAUUGAACAUGAACAAUUAUUUUACUUCAGUUGCUAGGAAAUGAAAUGAACAAUUUGAUAUGAAUUUUUUUGAAAAAGAAAAAAUGUAAGGGUUUUAGUAAUGAGUGUUACCUCCUUUUGCAGAUAUAGCUUGUAAACAACGAGGCAUGCUCUGGAUUACAGUCUGCGAAAGGUUUUUCCAUUCUUGUAGCAGUACUAUGUCGCGUAGCUCUCUAUAAUUUCAGAGACCCGUCACAUGUCUUCGUAAACGUUUCUCAAGCUCAUCCUAAACAUGUUCAAUGGGAUUCAAAUCCAGACUGUGCGCAGGUCAAACAAAUCGCGUGGGUUGAACCUCGUCAAGAUACUGAGUAACGAUCAGGGCAGUGCAUGCUCUUAUAGAACCUCCAUCAGGUACCUAUGCGUAUUCAAUGUCCCAUUCUCGAUGAAGAUUAAUUCCGUGCGAGGGUCAAACGAUUUGCCUUCCAUGCAAUAACUGAUCCACCAACAAAUGGAAGUCGCUCGGCUGUACACGUUUGAGCAUAUUUAUUAUCUGGUCUUCUCCAUACCCGUACACGUCUGAUCCUUUAAGGCAGAAUCAGAAUACUGUCCAAGACAAGUGUACUCGUGAAAAAUUCAAUCUAUCAAUCAGGUGUGCACGGAAAAGCGGCGGUCCAGUAGCUCUAGUUCGAGAAGAUAAUCCAGCAGAACGGAGUCGCCUCCUAACUGUCCACUCAUUUAUGUUUACAUUUCUGACUUCUUGCAGGUGACUUCGAAGGGAAACUGUCGUAACUGAUCUGUUUGUCAAAGCACUAGAUAAGAGAAACCGGUCAUCCCUAGCUAUAGUAGUCCUUUCUCGCCCUGAGCCAGGUCUUCGAGUUGGCAGACCAGUUUUGUGGUACCGCCGCCAUACUCGUUGCACAUUCGAGAUGUUAAUUUCGAUGCACCAACAUUACCAACCGUACAUAAACAACCGCCAAUUGACAGUACUAUGUUUAAAAAAUAUUGUUUUUGAAGCAAUUUAUUAGUACAGUAUGGUACAUCCAAAAUAUUUCAAAUAAAAACAUACAUUUCCAAGAUAACUUCAACUCAUGGGGUGACCCUAAUUUUAUACCCGGCAGUGUAUAACAGCUGAAAUAGUAACGAAAUACAUUGACACGAAAGAUUACAAUGAACAUUCCUCAUUUACUCGAAUUAAUAUUUGAAAGAAUUCAAACUGACAUCAACACCAUAAAAGUUCAAUUUUUCGAAGGAGUACGUUUCAUUUUUUAUAGAAGAAGAACGAUGUGAAGGUAAGUUUGGAGAAAUUCUGUCGUCUACAUUUCACUUUUGCAUAUGUGAUUUUAAUUUUAUUAUUGUAUAGACAGCAUUUAUAUACUUGAGCCAAAUUUAUAUUGACUUUUGAUUUAUAGUAAAAAUCUUAUCAAAAAGCG